UUGUAUAAAGAAAAGAAAGAAAGGGAACAAGACCAAAGCAAAAAGGAGCUUUAAUAAAUAUUACUGUAUUUUAGAGACAAAUGUAUAGGACAGUCUUCUCUUUUCUUCUUUUAUUUUCUUUUUCUUCUGCUUCCUUCUUUUACAGCCAACAUAUAGGCUACCAUAGCAAAAGUGUGUGAAUGUUGGGAGUUAAAAAAAAAGUCGGCCUAUAAGUUUAUGUAGCCUAUUAUAUCUAGGUUAAUAACAAUAACACUAACCUAUUAAUAAUAAUAAUAAUAAUAAUAAUAAUAAUGAUAAUGAUAAUUAGCCUACACAUUAAGUUUCCUGAAAACAUGGUGUUCUCCUGAAGAACACAACUCCUUCUGUCAAUCAGCAUGACGCGGAUGAACCACGGGGUUGAGGAUAGCCUAUAUAAAGAAAGCUGACAUCAGCCAAAGACCAGCUCCAGCAGGCCUAUAAAACGUCAGAUCACAGAUUGUUCCCACUUUGUUGCUCGGAACCACGGGCCAAAAUCCUCCUACAACGAUGGAAAUGGGCAGCAUCUCCACCGGCGCACAAACCACCUCCAUCCCUGUCCCGCACCAGCUCAGCUGCUCCACCAUGGAUGGCCCCCAGUUUCAUGGUAAUAUGGACGGGCAGUGCGCCGGAUCCUCCAAAGUCUUACUGGCUUACAAAAACGCGUCGCAGCGCCUGAGUUCGUCGGGACUUAAAGCGGGCUUGGGCUUACUUAAAGUGGCGACGUCUCAGUGGAAACAGGAGAAGAAGACGCGCUCAGGGGCGACCGUAAGGCAGCUGUCCACUGCAAACACCACAUAUCCCUGCAAGAGAUCCCCACUGGAUCAGCUGGCAACUCUGGUCCUCCACGGGCAAACGAGGCAGCGCCAGGUGGGCCAAGACCACCCACUUACUUCUACCAAGCCGCAGAACUGUAAGCGCAUUGUGGUUCUUGGUGCGCCACGAGUCGGCAAGACCUCCAUCCUAAGAAGAUACCUUCGGGACGGCUUUGUGGAGGAGUACAAUCCCACCUCCGAGGAUUUCCUCCGAAAACUGUUUCGUAUCCGCGGAGAGACCUACCAAAUCGACAUCCUGGACGCAUCCAGGGAAAGGGAUUUCCCAGCCAAGCGGCGACUGUCUAUCCUCACUGGAGACAUUUUUCUUCUAGUAUUCAGUCUAAAUGACCGGAGCUCUUUCCAAGAGGUCUGCGCCCUGCGAACGGAGAUCCUGGCCGCUAAAUCCAAGCUAAUGAAACCUCCUGUGCCGGAGCAGUGCGCACAGCUGCAGAUUCCCCUGGUGGUCUGCGCCAACAAGGUGGAUCUCCUGCAGUCUGAGAGUGGAAUAUCCAAGGCGGAGGUACUCCGAGCCCUCGGUGAUGACUGUGCCUAUUUUGAAACGUCUGCAAAGGACAGCACCAAUCUGGAGAAAGUCUUCGAGACUUUGGCAAAGCGAGGCGGGCUUCCGACCGAAACUGGCCCGUCUCAGCAUCGCAAGGUCUCCCUCCGUUCCUACCAGGCCAUGCGGACUGGCCGUGUGGCGGGGAGAGGGUGUCAGACCCCGGGGCGCGAUGACCCCUGCGGCGCCCUGCAUCCACUGGCUCGGCGGCCGAGUUUUAGCACGGAUCUCCGACAAGUUAUCGGGCCAAAUACGGGAAGAAAGCCCGGCAAAGCGCUGGAAAAAUGUCAGAUUCAGUGAGAGACAAACAGAGAAUGAGACGAAGUGUUACUGAGCGAAUAAAACAACGUAUAAAGCACUGAUGUUCAUGUAAAUAUAAUGUAUUAUCGUUGUCUAAUUACAUAGACUUGAGAUUAUGUUUUCAAAAUAAAAUAUUUUUGAAUAUCAUAA